GCUAGGCCUUUUCUUCCACGGUACCACAAACAGCUAGCUGAAAUAUUGGCAGUUCGAACCCACCCAGAGGUGCCUUAGAAGACAGGCCUGGCAAUCUGCUUCCAAAAGGUCACAGCCUUGAAAUCCCUAUGGAGUAGUUCUACUUGGUACACUUGGGGUCGCCAUGAGUCAGAAUGGACUUGAUGGCAAUUAACAACAACAUAACCCUAUGAAGUAAGUUCUAGUAUUGUCACUGAGGCGCAUUGGAGAAAACUGCCAGAAUCACAGUUAGCAAGGGGCAGAACUGGGACUCAGGUUUAGAUUGGGCCCAACCUUUUACCAAACACAUCCUGUCUUCCUUCUUCCUUCCACGAGCCACCUAAUAGCCCCCUCAUUCUGCCCAGUCCUCUGGUAGCAGGGCCCACGUGGCUUCCUUCCUCUUCUCUGUCCUCAGCAGCCAGUGGGUGUGAUCUGUGUGCAACCAGCCACCGUUCUGCAGAGGCUAUGAUCUGUGAUUUUGUCCCUCGAAGACCACUCCGCAACUCGGAAGGGACUGUGGCACUCACACGACUCUUCGCCUGAGCCUUCAUUACUGAGCAAAAGAAGGCCCGUGCCAAGGACUAUCCAAAGGGAGAUGCAUGCUGGGAGUGGAUUUGACUCUGGUCAGGACCCAAGGCACCCAGCCCUCCUCGAGACACUGUAUGAGCCAGGCCGGGCUUCCAGACACAGCCCCUCCUGCCCCACCCCAGCCAGGGUGGUGCUUGUGCAGGAAGGACUCUAAAUCCAGCUGCCAGACCCCUGGGCGGGAGAGGCAGGGAGGACUGGCCACCAUGCACAGCUCCCACAGCCUCCUGCUGCUCCUGCUGCCGCUGCUGCUGCUGGCCACCACAGGUCCCGCUGGAGCCCUCACGGAAGAGGAGAAACGUUUGGUGGUGGAGGCGCACAACUUCUAUCGUGCCCAGACCAACCCACCGGCCGCAAACAUGUUGAAGAUGUUGUGGGACGAGGAACUGGCUGUCUUUGCCAAAGCCUACGCUGAGCAUUGUGUGUGGGCCCACAACCCUCAUCGCGGGCGGCGAGGUGAGAACCUAUUUGCCAUCAUGGGUGACAGCAUGGACGUGCAGAUGGCUGUGGCAGAGUGGCACCGGGAGCGCGAUUACUACAACUUCACCACAGGUGCCUGCCAACCUGGACAGAUGUGCGGCCACUACACGCAGGUGGUCUGGGCCAAGACAGAGAGAGUUGGCUGUGACUCCCACUUGUGUGCUAAGCUCCAGAACGUUGAAGAUUCUAAUGUCCACUUUCUGGUUUGCAACUAUGUGCCCCCGGGGAACGUGAUUGGGCAGAAGCUCUACGAGGUGGGGCCGCCAUGCUCCGCGUGUCCCAGGGGCUACCACUGUGAGCAGUCCCUCUGUGAGCCCAUCAGAGUUCCAGAAGAGCCUCAGGAUUUGCCUUGCCUGAUGACUGAGGCCCAGACCUCCCUGGCAACUGAAGCCUCAGGGUCUAGUAAAAUGGGUGCCUCUUCUUCCCUAGCAACUGAGGCACCACCCUUCUUGGUAACAGAGGCCCCAGCUUCCCUGGCAACCAAGGCUUUGCCUACUGGACGAACAGAGGCCACAUCUUCCUUAGCAAUGAAAGAUUUCCCCUCCAUGGCAACAGAGGCCCUAUCUGCCUCAGCAAUGAAAGAUCCCCCCUCUAAGACAACAGAGGCCCCACCUUCCUUAACAACUGAAGUCUCCUCCUUUUUGGCAACUCACAGCCUGCUCUCCUUGGAGGAAAAGCCAGUUAACUUCCCAAAAUCCACCCAUGCUCCCCUCCCCAAAUCAGCAGACAAAGUGGCCAUCAGGACAAGUGUUCCCUCCAUGAGUUCAGAGGAAUCUCUGUACCCCAAGGUGUCCCUGACAGGGAGACGACAGCCCCUACCCCAUGCCCAGGAGAAGGCCGAGGCAGAGGGCCCCCAUGAGUUGCGUCCUCUGGAUGAGUUCCUGGCCUCAGUUUUCCCAGCCCAAGGUGAUCCAGAUGAGCUGCAGGCCACACCUGUCCACAUGGGGCAAACCUCCUCCAGGUCCCUGCCCAACUCCCCCAAUACCUUUGCCAAUGCUAAUGCUAUAGAUGGGCGCACCCUAGCCCUGCAGUCAUCCUUGCCAGGUAAGGCCUGUGUUGUCUGCUCUCCCCAUCCUCCUGGUUCCAGCAUGUCCGCACUCUGUCCCCAGCAUGGAUGGUAUGGGCUUGGUGCCGAUCUCCCUGAAGGGGCUGUCACCGAGUCAGAGCUGAACCCGAACCCAGCGAUGCCAAACCCUGCAGGACCCAGUCCUGCAGGGCCCAACCUGGAGAAGCCAAACCCAUUGGGGCAGGACAUUGAGGGCUCCAGCCCUGCCCAGCUGAACCCAGCAGGAUCGAACCCGACAGGGCCAGGGCCGAGCCAGGCCGGGCCAAACCCAGUGGGACCAAACUGGGCAGAACCGAACCCAGCAGGGCCAAGCCCAGAAGGGCCAAAUGCUGCAGAGCCGGGCUCAGAAGAGUUGAACCCGGCAGAGCCAGGAGAGCUGAACCCAGAAGAGGUAGAAUCGCUGAACCCAGAAGAACUGGAGGAGCCGAAUCUGGGAGAGCCGAACCUGGAAGAGCCAAACCUGGAAGAGCCGAACCUGGAAGGGCCAAAUGCAGAAGAGCCGAACGCAGAAGAACCAAACCUGGAAGAGCCAGACGUGGGACACCCGACGGUGGAAGACCCGAAUGCAGAAGAACCUCCAAAUGAGGGACACCCGACCGUGGAAGACCCUAAUGCAGAAGAGCCGCCGGACGCGGGACACACAACCGCGGAAGACCCGAAUGCAGAAAAGCCACCAACCGCGGAAGAAGAGCCAAAACCCACAAGGCCAAAACCCAAUAAGCCAAUGAUACACUUAAAGCCCAAACCCUCAACGUUUAACUCGGCCCCUGGUUGUGGAUGGAGCCCCCUUCUGGGACCGCUGCUGCUGCUUCCGCUGGCAUUGGCUGGAAUCUUCUGAAGGGCUGGCUACUCGAAGGCAAGGCCUGGUGGGGGAACCCUGACCUCGUGCCCACUCUGGAUUGUCGUUCUCAAAGUGAGAGGCCACAGCUCCCUGGGCAGGCCCUGUCUGUGGCCCGGCAGCCCUCUUUCACCCCAGCUUCUGCCUAGACCCCACAACUGCCCCUCAUCUCCUCAGGAGGCCUUUGCAGAGCCAGUCUCUGGCACCACUAUCCCGUAAGUGCCCUGCUCCGUCCUUCCACCUCUGGAGCGGCCCAUCCCUCAGCUGGCCACAGAGUGUCCUGAGAGGUGUCCUGUGCACUUCCUCCAGUUGUCUCUGUGGCCAUGGGCCUGCUCUCCCGGAGACAGAAGCUCUCGGGGCUUCCCAGGAGCCCCUUGUCUUUCCCAGUCCCCUGGCUGCUUCCUCCAGGGCUGCCCCCAGGAGUGCCUCCUGCUUUGCCAUGGUGGAGAGGUCAGCUGUCCUCCUCUCAUCUUUCCCACCUUCUCCUCAGUCUCCCAAACAAGAUGC